UGGCCUGGAGGCACCCCUCCUCCACCCCCGGCCGAACUCUCUCCCGCUCCCUGUUGCGCUUCAGGAUUUAGCCGGUCGCUUGCCAACAUGGCAUUCGUACUGAAGGCGGCGGCGGCGGCCGUGGCGGCGGCCUUGGCGGCGGCCGAGAGAGCCAUAGGGAUUUUUUCCAGACCUCAGACAACAGUUCCAAGAACUUUUUCUCCAUCACAGUCCUUGCAUCAAGUGGCAGGUCCUGUGUGGAACCUGGGUCGACUCAAUCAUGUAGCAGUAGCAGUGCCAGACCUGGAAAAGGCCAUGGCAUUUUAUAAGAACGUUCUGGGGGCCCAAGUAAGUGAGGCAGUCCCUCUUCCUGAACAUGGAGUAUCUGUUGGUUUUGUCAACCUGGGAAAUACCAAGUUGGAACUCCUUCAUCCACUGGGAAAGGACAGUCCGAUUGCAGGUUUCCUGCAAAGAAACAAGGCUGGAGGGAUGCAUCAUGUCUGCAUUGAGGUGGAUAAUAUAAAUGCAGCUAUCAUGGAUUUGAAGGAAAAAAAGAUCCGUAGUCUAAGUGAAGAAGCCAAAAUAGGAGCACAUGGAAAACCAGUGAUUUUUCUCCAUCCUAAAGAUUGUGGUGGAGUCCUUGUGGAAUUGGAGCAAGCUUGACUUAUGUUUCCAAGAAACUAAGUUAAUUGAUCUGAAAAAGCCUUAUCAAAAUGUACUUUGGCAUUGAGUCCUUUGCUUCUUCCAUCACUUUAAAGUUCAAAGUCAAAAAACUAAAUUACAGUGAGAUUUUUAAAUAUAUAUAUUUAAAAUGUG